AUGGCUGCCGACUUCUGGGCGGGCUAUCUCAGCGGGGCCAUUGGGAUCAUCAUCGGCAAUCCUCUUGAUGUCAUCAAAGUUCGGCUGCAGGCGGGCGACUUGCAUGCAGAUGCAUCAUCGUCAAAUCUAAGCCGCUUUGAAAGAGCAAGCUCUCUUGUCCGAGGCGCUGCUGCUCCGAUCUUAGGAUAUGGAGCUCUGAACGCUAUUCUGUUUGUCGCUUACAACCGAUCAUUGAAAGCGCUGGACGGGUCUGUAACAGAUCCCACUAAUCCAGUGGGGGUCCCGCUGUACAAAAUCUGGCUUGCCGGAGCCGUGGGCGGACUGGCUAGCUGGACUAUCUCGUCCCCGACGGAGUUCAUUAAAUGUCGGGCACAGCUGGACCGGCGAGACGUCUCCUCGUGGGCGGUGGCCAAGGAGAUAAUCCGAACGCGCGGCUGGAGGGGGCUCUAUUAUGGUGGAGGGAUUACUAGCGCCAGAGACGCAAUUGGCUACGGUUUCUAUUUCUGGUCUUAUGAACUGUGCAAAAGAUUCAUGACUUCUGAUGAACAUGGCCAAUACCAGACCGCUAUAAGUAUUUUGCUGUGCGGUGGCAUUGCUGGCGUUGUCACCUGGGGCUCGGUAUUUCCUCUGGAUAUGAUCAAGACGAGAUUGCAGGCACAGACUAUUGCAUACCAUCCCCCGGCAACUGAGAGUCAAUCCUUGUUACAGCCGCGGCAGACACUGAACUCUUUCCAAAUUGCGAAAGAGACGUACCGUGUCGAGGGCCUCAAGGCAUUCUACCGAGGUCUUGGAGUCUGCAGUGUGAGAGCGUUCAUUGUGAAUGCCGUCCAGUGGGCCGCCUACGAAUGGUUGAUGAAGAGCUUCAAUCAAUCUUGGGGCGCACAAGUCAGGCUCCAAGAACCCGCGGUGGGUCUGUAA